AUGGGAGGCGCCAUGUUGCCAACAAAGCCCUGGUCCUGGCCUCCCCGUCGAUCCAAGGCGACGAACAAACCUCAGGUUCCGACGGUGGAGACAAGUUCCCAGGAAACUGGCAGUGACACCCCUUCGAUCAGUCAUGUGGGCAAUGCUGUCGCGGUGCCAAGAUCAAGUCCGCGAGAAGAGCGCAAGCCACAUCACAGCAUCAAUGUCAAGUUCGAAGUUAUGCUACUAUAUCUGCGGCAGCAGCAGCUGGAAAAGAGGUGGGCGGAAGGCAAUUCUACAGAGGGUGUCAUCUUGAAGAAAAGUAAAGACGACUUCAUCUGUCAGCCUGCGGAUCUAUCGAAACAUGUCAAUGGGUUCUACAACGAAAUCAAAAAGCUGAAUGUCAAGGUUGCCAUGACUGUGAGAACGAGCGCGAUCAGAAAAUUUCUCCAGGAAUACCAACAACCUUUCGUGCCAUUUAGUCAGGGGCAGCACCUUCAAAUCAUUGAAGAUAUCAGUGCGCUGUCCUUCUGUAAGAGACACCACUACGCCGCCUUUGUCCGCAGCCAGGGCAUGCUCGUCGUCUGGGCGGAAGAUCCGACCGAGGUUAUCAGCCGUUCUGAGCAGAUCGAGACACUCCUUGUCAAUAUGCUGUGGGAUAUGGAUAGCUCGGAUGACGAGGACGAGAUUCUGAUUGCGAAGGAAAAGGUGGCUACGUCCCCAGACAGGUCAACUGGUUCGAGACACAUUGAUGAGGAAGGUGUUUGGGAUAAGCCGCGGAAGACAGUCAUCUACCAGGCCUUCCUUGUGGCGUGUGUCUCUAUCCUCACAAUAUUUUGUCUCUCCAUUGGCUGGAGGCAGAUUGCUCUCGAGAUCAAGAUCGACAACAGUUACACCAGAUUAGCGAUUCUGGCUGCCGCACCCUUACAACUGUGGCUGGGUUGGUUUUUCUUCACCAGCUUGGUCAACGGUAUUGCGCAAAUCAUCGGCCCUGUUCAACAGUUGACAGAAAACUCCCGGUUCUAUUCAGCACGGUCAUCCGUCCGUCUGACAGGCGUAGACGCGCCCCUGCCACAUGUCACGAUUCAAUGUCCUGUAUACAAAGAGGGCCUCGACUCUGUCAUCCAUCCGACAAUUUUGUCGCUCAAAAAAGCGAUUUCGACCUACGAACUACAAGGGGGUAGUGCUAAUAUUUUCAUCAACGAUGACGGCAUGCAACUCAUUUCUGACGAUAAAGCGCGGAGACGAGCUCAAUACUACGAGGACAACGGUAUUGGGUGGGUCGCUCGGCCGAACCACGCACCUAAGGGCGAUGCGAAGGGCAACAAUAUCUUCAUCAGAGCCGGCAAAUUCAAGAAAGCGUCCAAUAUGAACUUCUGCCUCAACGUGAGCAACCGGAUCGAGGACAAGAUGGCGGAAGUGGUACGAACCCCUAGCUGGAACCAAGCAGAUGAAGACCGUCUCUACCAUUCAUGCUUCGACCAGGUUCUCUCAGAAGACGGCGACCGGACCUGGGGUGGAGGUGACAUCCGCGUUGGAGACUACAUCCUCCUCGUCGACUCCGACACCCGCGUACCCGAGGAUUGCCUACUCGAGGCCGUUUCCGAGAUGGAAGCCUCGUCCGAGGUGGCUAUUAUUCAGUUCUCGUCCAGCGUCUUGAACGUAACAACGAGCUUUUUCGAGCUCGCCAUCACCUUCUUUACCAACCUCGUCUAUACGGCCAUCCGGUUCGCCGUGGCCAACGGGGAUGUCGCCGCGUUCGUCGGCCACAACGCGAUGCUUCGAUGGUCUGCCAUUCAGGCCGUCGGGUACACGGACGAGAACGAAGGCAUAGACAAGUAUUGGGCCGAGAACACUGUAUCAGAAGACUUUGACAUGGCUCUACGACUGCAGGCGCAGGGAUAUGUACUGCGCUUCUGUACCUACUACGGUGAUAAGUUCAAAGAAGGUGUCUCGUUGACUGUCUACGACGAGUUGUCCCGAUGGGAGAAGUACGCCUACGGCUGUGCCGAACUACUAUUCCAUCCCAUUCGCUACUGGCUGACGAGAGGGCCUAUCACACCGCUGUUCCGUCGGUUUAUGGGCAGCCAGAUGAGCCUGAUGGCCAAGUUGACGAUUAUGGCUUAUAUCGGCACCUAUUUCGCCAUCGCUUCUGCCUGGCCAUUGACGCUAAUGAACUAUUUCCUCAUCGGCUGGUUCAACGGAUAUCUCGACCACGCCUACGUCACCUCGUUCGAAGUCUACUUCGGCAUCGUCGUCGUCUUUCAGGGCUUAGGUACCGUCAGCUUGGCGGUCCUACGAUACCGGGUCGAGAACCGCUCGCUACUCGGCGCCUUGUUGGAAAACUUUACGUGGAUUCUCAUCCUGACCGUCUUUCUCGGCGGCAUCUCCGUGCACGUGUCCCAGGCCAUCCUCUGCUAUCUCUUCAGCGUCAAUAUGAGCUGGGGCGCGACCGCCAAAGAAGCCGAGUCAACUUCCUUCUUCAGGGAAGUCCCCGUCAUCCUGAAAAGGUUUAAAUUCACCUUUUGUUACUGUAUCGCCAUGAUCUUUGUCAUGCUUGCCCUGGCUGGGAUUGGGCCUGCGGGUGCCCUCGUGCCAUACGACUGGAGAAUUACGACGUUCACGGCCAUUUUUCCUUUGGCCAUCUUGGUGGCGUUUCACUUUUUGAUGCCGCUCGUGCUCAAUCCUGGACUGAUGCAGUUCACCUUCUAG